AUGGGCACAAAACCUCCCAACGUCUCCUCGAAAAUGCGAAGAACCGAUGUGCGACCAGCGCCACACCAUAGACCAAUACAAAGCUGGCUCACGUUCCAUGUCGGUCAAUUAUCUCACAUGAGUUUAUAUGGUUGAAGCAUCAGCGACGCUUGAGCUUCAAGCCGACGUUGACCUUGACGUGGAGCGGCGACGACUCGGUAGGCUGUUGAACGAAGCCGCUUUUGUCAAGGGGUCGUUUGGCGACGGUCCGCGCGCGGCCAGUGACGACGACCUUGUCUCGUCGGAUGUGCUCGACGUCAAGACCACGAGCAAGGACUGGACGACGCACGCGUGCAGCGCGCCGCUGCGCAACCAAGGCCAGUGCGGUUCGUGCUGGGCGUCGGCUACCGUUGUUGCCGCCGAGUCGUGGUUUUCAGCGACAACCAGCGCCGAGAGGUGACGCCACAUGAAGCCAUUCGCCGUCCUCGAGACCAAGUGCUGCGAAACAGUGUCCAUGACCAGUCGAGCACGCGGCGCCGUCGAUUGCGUCAGAAGGACGUGUCAGUGCCAAUGUCGGAGGCUCCGCCCGAGGUCGACUGAUGUCAGACACGCGUGUGAGACGAUCAAGAAACCUGCGGCUGCUGGCUUCGGUCGUCGCAAUGCCAAUGGCGCUUGUUGCCCGUCGUCUUAGCACCCAUGGCGCCCGAUCAACCUGACGCCGAGGACAAGUGGACCGUCGGCCGCAAAUUCGAUGAUGGCAAUCGUUUAUAGUGUUCAAUAUAUUAUAACAGUAUUUCGUAGCAACCCAAAUAGUAUGGUAUGGUGCGGCGGGUUGCGAUCGUGACACGCGCUCGUCGACGUGCGGCCAGCGAGGAUUUCCU